AUGCAUGUUGCUCUCCAUGUUGGCAUCCAUGUUGCUCUCCAUGUUAGCACAUGCAUGUUGGUCUUCAUGUUGGCACACCAAUUAUUUACCGCUAGUGUUAAUGGCACUAGUAUUACUGCUAGUGUUAAUGGCACUAGUAUUACCGCUAGAGUUAAUGGCACUAGUAUUGCUGCUAGUGUUAAUGGCACCAGUAUUACUGCUAGUGUUAAUGGCACUAGUAUUACUGCUAGUGUUAAUGGCACUAGUAUUGCUGCUAGAGUUAAUGGCACUAGUAUUACCGCUAGAGUUAAUGGCACUAGUAUUACUGCUAGAGUUAAUGGCACUAGUAUUACCGCUAGAGUUAAUGGCACUAGUAUUACUGCUAGUGUUAAUGGCACUAGUAUUGCUGCUAGAGUUAAUGGCACUAGUAUUGCUGCUAGUGUUAAUGGCACCAGUAUUGCUGCUAGAGUUAAUGGCACUAGUAUUACCGCUAGAGUUAAUGGCACUAGUAUUACUGCUAGUGUUAAUGGCACUAGUAUUGCUGCUAGAGUUAAUGGCACUAGUAUUACUGCUAGAGUUAAUGGCACUUGUAUUACCGCUAGAGUUAAUGGCACUAGUAUUACUGCUAGAGUUAAUGGCACUAGUAUUGCUGCUAGAGUUAAUGGCACUAGUAUUACUGCUAGUGUUAAUGGCACUAGUAUUGCUGCUAGAGUUAAUGGCACUAGUAUUACCGCUAGAGUUAAUGGCACUAGUAUUACUGCUAGUGUUAAUGGCACUAGUAUUGCUGCUAGAGUUAAUGGCACUAGUAUUGCUGCUAGUGUUAAUGGCACCAGUAUUACUGCUAGUGUUAAUGGCACCAGUAUUACUGCUAGUGUUAAUGGCACCAGUAUUACUGCUAGUGUUAAUGGCACUAGUAUUACUGCUAGUGUUAAUGGCACUAGUAUUACUGCUAGUGUUAAUGGCACUAGUAUUACUGCUAGUGUUAAUGGCACUAGUAUUACUGCUAGUGUUAAUGGCACUAGUAUUACUGCUAGUGUUAAUGGCACUAGUAUUACUGCUAGUGUUAAUGGCACUAGUAUUACUGCUAGUGUUAAUGGCACUAGUAUUGCUGCUAGAGUUAAUGGCACUAGUAUUGCUGCUAGUGUUAAUGGCACUAGUAUUGCUGCUAGAGUUAAUGGCACCAGUAUUACCGCUAGAGUUAAUGGCACUAGUAUUACUGCUAGUGUUAAUGGCACUAGUAUUACUGCUAGUGUUAAUGGCACCAGUAUUACCGCUAGUGUUAAUGGCACCAGUAUUACCGCUAGUGUUAAUGGCACCAGUAUUACUGCUAGUGUUAAUGGCACCAGUAUUACCGCUAGUGUUAAUGGCACCAGUAUUACUGCUAGUGUUAAUGGCACCAGUAUUACCGCUAGUGUUAAUGACACCAGUAUUACCGCUAGUGUUAAUGGCACCAGUAUUACUGCUAGUGUUAAUGGCACCAGUAUUACCGCUAGUGUUAAUGGCACUAGUAUUACCGCUAGUGUUAAUGGCACCAGUAUUACCGCUAGUGUUAAUGGCACCAGUAUUACCGCUAGUGUUAAUGGCACCAGUAUUACCGCUAGUGUUAAUGGCACCAGUAUUACUGCUAGUGUUAAUAGCACUAGUAUUACUGGUAAUAUUACUACUUGA